AUGAUUAGCAGUGGCACCCCGUUAUUGCAACACGAGUCAUCAACACCAUCCACCAAAAAACAUUUCGGUGUCACCAUCGACCAGCUUUGCUCGCUUGUGGAUGACAAUCAUAAUCCGAAAUUGUUGAUUGAAUUAGGCGGCAUGAUGGGCAUUUGUCAAGCAUUAAAAGUGGAUCCAACCGUGGGAUUGGCACCUGACGAAUCUUUUGAUCCUCAUUAUGGGAUACACCACCACAACAACAAUGACCCUGAUAAAAAACGACAACCGUUCAUUGAGCGAAAGGAAGCCUUUGGAUACAAUGAAAUGCCCAGUGUUCCGGAACAAACGAUCCUAUCUCUGAUAUGGGCUGCUUACAAUGAUCAAACCCUCAUCAUGCUAUCUAUCGCAUCUCUGGUAUCCCUUGUGGUGGGCAUUUGGGAAGAUCACUCGAUCAAUCACCCUGUAGAUGAACCUAAAGUAGGAUGGGUGGAUGGUGUCGCGAUCAUUGUGGCAGUAGCUGUGGUUGUGAUAACAAAUGCGAUCAAUGACUACGAGAAAAACAAACAAUUCCGAAAGCUGACAGCCAAGAAAGAGGAUCGGCCAGUCAAGAUUCUACGUGGUGGUAUCUCCCAACAAAUACAAAUCCAUGAGGUGGUUGUGGGGGAUGUUUUGUUUCUUGAACCGGGCGAUAUGGUUACCGUCGAUUGUAUUUACAUUGAAGGCCAUAAUCUCCGGUGUGACGAAUCUACCGCGACUGGCGAGUCUUGUCAUGUCAAAAAGAACGCGAUCGAUGACUGUAUCAUUUUGAGUGGAUCUAAAAUCCUACAAGGCGUUGCAAAGGUGGUGGUGAUUGCCGUCGGGGAAAACAGCUUCUAUGGGCGAGCCAUGGCACUACUUCGAGAUGCACAAACCGAGCACACGCCAUUACAACUCAAGUUGAACGUAUUGGCAGACCAAAUUGCAAAAUUCGGGUUCGCAGCAGCUGGCUUGAUGUUUGGUGUUCUUCUCGUGAAGCUCCUUGUGCUCAGUAUUCUCCAAGACCAUUGGCUCUCAACACGCGAACUGCUGACAGAGCUAGUGGGUAUUGUCAUUCAAGCCAUCACCGUCAUUGUCGUCGCUGUACCUGAAGGAUUGCCUAUGGCAGUGACCCUUGCUUUGGCAUUCGCAACAACGGAAAUGUUAAAGGACAAUAAUCUCGUACGACACCUGUCAGCAUGUGAAACGAUGGGCAAUGCAACAGCUGCGUGCUCCGACAAGACCGGCACACUCACCGAAAAUAGGAUGACGGUUGUCAGUGCGGCUCUUGCCGAGCUUCAUUUUACCAAUCGUAUUGAAUUUGGCGCUUGGCGUUACAACGUUCACCCUGUAGCGUUGGAGUUGGCUGUGGAAGGGAUUGCACUCAACUCAACGGCGUUUGAAGGAAAAGAUGGCAACUAUGUGGGAUCCACUACCGAGUCUGCCAUGCUGGAAUUUAUUAAACGCUUGGGAUACAGCUAUCAAGAAAUCAGAGCUUCAAGCAAAAUUAUGGGGGUCUAUCCUUUCAAUUCAGAAGCCAAGAGCAUGACAACGGUGAUUCAAAUGAGAGAAUGCAAUGUUGUUUCCUCUACACGAAACGAGUACCGCGUAUACACCAAAGGUGCUGCUGAAACAAUUGUCCAGCUUUGCUCUCAUUACAUCGAUGCACGUGGCAAGAUUCAGCCAUUAUCAGAAGAAACACGUACCCAAUACCAGCUUCUUGUGAAUCAAUACUCCCAACGAUCUCUUCGUACUUUGGCAUUAGCUUACCGUGAUGUGAACAAGAAGACGUAUCAAGGUUUUCAUACUGAUGAUCCCCCACUUGAGGACUUGGUGUUAUUGGGUAUUGUUGGAAUCCAAGAUCCAUUACGUGAAGGUGUCAUUGAAUCAGUACAAGCCUUUCAACGUGCUGGUGUAUUCAUACGCAUGAUCACAGGAGACAAUAUUGAGACGGCCAAGGCUAUUGCAAAAGAAAGUGGCAUCCUGACAGUGGGUGGCAUUGCCAUGACAGGUCCUGAAUUCCGUGCUCUUAGUAUUGAUGACCAAUUCCGUAUCAUCCCUCGACUUCAAGUUUUGGCUCGUUCUUCGCCCAUUGAUAAGACACUUGUCGUUACUCGAUUGCAGCAACUUGAUGAAGUCGUGGCAAUUGUAGGUGAUGGCUGCAACGAUGGGCCUGCUCUAAAGUUGGCGAAUGUGGGAUUUGCUAUGGGCGUUACGGGCACCGAAGUUGCCAAAGAAGCGUCUGAUAUUAUCCUUAUGGAUGACAACUUUAAUUCAAUCCUUCAAGCGUUAAAAUGGGGACGUGCUGUCAAUGAUGGUGUACGCAAGUUUUUAACCUUUCAGUUGACGGUCAAUAUUGCUGCUGUGGUGUUAUCCUUUGUGAGUGCAACUGCAUCCGAGACAUCUGAAAGCAUCCUUAGCGCCGUGCAAUUGCUGUGGGUCAACAUGAUUAUGGACACAUUUGCUGCCUUGGCAUUGGCCACUGAACCCUUAUCAGACGAGCUGGUGAAACGAAAGCCACUUUGCAAGCAUUCUGGAUUGAUUAAUUGGCGUAUGACGCGCAUGAUUCUUGGCCAGGCCACGUUCCAAAUUGCUAUCAAUUUGCUUCUUAUGUAUCAUGGACCCGCCAUCUUUGGACUUGAUAGCUCACUCAGCCAAGAUCGAAAGGUGUUACGCACCAUGGUUUUCAAUGUCUUUGUAUUCAUGCAAGUGUUCAAUGAGCUCAAUUGCAGACGCAUUGACGAUCAACUCAACAUUCUACGUGGCAUUGCACAUGACUAUUUGUUCUUGGCUAUCCAAGCCUUUGUGAUUGUUGGGCAAUGCUUGAUCAUUCAAUAUGGUGGUUUGGCUUUCAAGACGGUCCCAUUGAGCAUGAACCAGUGGAUUUGCACCGUGGCCAUUGGAUCACUUUCCAUUCCUGCAGGUAUACUCAUUCGUCUCUUGCCACCCGAUAUACCAUGGUUUUGGAGCAAUGGCAACAAUGAUGAAGAGUUCAAACAUACCGUGUCGUAUGCUCGUCUUCGAUGGGAAUCAGCCAUGGAUUAUGCGUUCGAGCUUGUAAGAGAAAAGAAGAAAUCGCGUGUAGAAGAAGAAGAUGCUACUGCUGCUGCUGCCUAUGCUUUGAUCAAUGGCGACCCUCAUUAUACUUUGUAA